UUUUUUUUUUUUUAAAAAAAUGAGUAAAUCAACAAAGAACCGAACUGUAGAAAGUAAUAACACUUGGGACCUGGAUGCCAUGCUUUCUCAGGAAAUCCAGGACAUGAAUCGAGAUUCAGCGGAAGACAGACGAGUGAAGGAAGCGGUCAUCAUGUCUAAACCCGAUCCUAACCAAAUCAAUGCCGAAGACGAUUCUGAUGAAGAGAACCGACCAGUCAAUGGCAGAUAUUACUACUAUGACGACGACGAUGAAUAUGAAGACGACUUGGCUAUCCGUGACCCAGAACUAUUCAAGAUCACGGAGAGUAACAGACAAAUUGCUGUUGACCAGCAAACAUUACCUGUGGAUCCAAGCACCAGUGCAAAGCAUAAAUUAGUUCGCCGCCCACCUGAGCUUGUAUUUUCUGAUCCCCCUACACUUGUUUCUCGAGGUGAUUACAUACAGGUGACUUUCCAUUACGGCUUGUCCCCAGAAAGACACGCUUCAAAGCCAAAGAGAUAUAUGAUGAUGUGUGAUUUUGGAGAAGAGAGCAUGUAUGCUAUGAAUUGGGGUAUUGGUACUUUGCUUCGUAGUGGUGAUGAAUUACACGUUGCUAGUGUAGUCGGAACCGAUGAUGAGUUAGAAGAUAUGGAUGACGAUGAAAAAUACCAGCUUCGAAUGGAGCUUGAUCGUAAUUCCAAAACUAUGAUCUCUCGUGUUAAAACAGCGAUGGAUGAAAUGUUGCUUUACAAUAUCAAAAUUGUGACUUAUUCAGUGGCUGGCAAAACAAGAGAAUCCUUAUUAAAUUUGGUAAGUCUCAAUGAUCGUGUUAAAUUAUGAUACUCAUUUUUGACAGAUUUAUGAAACACCUAAACUGA